GUUGUUUCUUUCAUGGGGAAAAAAUUAAAAAAUAUGUGUGUAUUAUUUUUCGAAUAAUCAGACAAACUAUAUAAUGAGAAUGGAGAAAAAGCAUAGGAAACGUAUCACGUUCACAAACUUCUCCUACCACCAGAAAAACCAAAGACAGAGACUUGUGAGCAGAGGGAAUUCACCAUCACGAUUUCUCCAUUUUGUAAUCAUACCCCAUCUACCCCUUUUGGAAGUUUUGCUGAUUACUCCAAAGUAAAAACUUAAACAAGUAGAAAUCAGAGAGGGGUUCUUGGUUUUUCCAUCCUUUUUAAUAUUUAUUAUCUAUUUUUUUGGAGGUGUAGAAUUCGGACUCUGUGGAAGUUUCAACUUCAUCUCUGUUUGAUUUGAGGUCUGUUUGAUUCAUCCCUUGUUUUCCUCUGACAAGUUAUUGUUGUUACUGUUAUGAUUAGUCUGUUUGGAGGAGGCAUUUGGGCUUUUCUUAGUUAUAUAGUUUUAUGAUGAAGAAGAGGAGUAAAGAGUUUUCUUGUUUUGUGAGGGAACAAGAGAUAUGAAUAAAAUGCAAUAGAUGGAUUUAGUUUGUUCUCGGGGAAGAAUGCAAACAAAUGGUCGGUGGCUAGUUUGUUUUAUACAUUGAAAGAAAUUGAUAUCAUAUGUUUUAGAAUUGAUGUACCUUUUUUCCACUUUUUAGUUUUCCUUAACUUAUAAGGUGGAUAAAAAUUAUAGUAUUCGAUUAGUUAUCUGUAGAGUAACUUUUAUGAAGAUCACAAGUUCUGCAAAAUCUUUUUUAUCAAUCUACUGACUGCACUUCGGCAGAAAAGUGUGAUCAGUUACUUUGUAUGAAUGGAUUUUAAAUACUUGAAAGGGAAUCCAGACCCCCUGCUUGAAAAAUGUUUCUGGUUUGGGUGGGAUGAUAUAUGUUCACAAUCAGUCCUUCUUGAAACUAGAAUAUGUUUGAUCCAUUGUUAUCUAUAAUGCUAAAUUUUGCUCACCUCAUUUCAAUCCUGGGCUUCGAAAGUCACCUUGCUGGUCUGCUGCUUUGUUACUUUUCGAUUGACUGAUUGUAAUAGUUGGGGUUUUAGGGACUCUCUCAUUUCUCCUUCCUGCUGUUGUAACUCUUAUAGAAGGCUCCUGCAAGCUUUUUUUGGUAGUUGCUUCAUGUUAUAGUAAUAUUGCAGUAUACAUUUACAAUGUGCAUAAUUAGGCCGUACAUUUCAUUCUUGGCGACAUUUUGAUGGAUACAAAAGCUAAAUUCAGAAAUAUGAAUCAGGCUGUUAAUGGAAAUGACUGUCUAUUAAUAUGCUGAAAAGAUAUGUGAGGUUGCCUUGGAACACUUGGACAACAUAAGAAGUGUGAAAGGAAUGCAUUUAUUAGAUCAUACAGGUGAUUAGACACAGUAAUUGCUUCAAUGACAUUUGGUGGCUGUUUUAUCUGACAAGAGAUACAGCUGUGAUUAUGGAAUGAACCUUAAAAGGAACUAUUACUUCUGUGGAUAAGCCUUAUUACACCUCUGAAAGCUGGAAAGUGGAAAUUCUGUUAAUGUUCUUAAGAGUAUCCUUUGUAAGGCGUCUGAUAGUAUUGUAGAUGGUGUUUUAAUAGUUCGUGGUUUCACGCUCAUGUGCCAGCAAGCCUGAUUUUUCUAUAUUGGUCCUGUCAAUUAUGUAUAAAAUCGCACCAUGAUGGUAGACUUAAAAAUUGAUUACGAAGACUUCUUAUUUUUACGAUAUAUAGUGAACAGUUCUAUUGUUUAUCCAAUUUUUUUGCAUGCUGUUGACCUUUUGGAAUAGGGUUUACCAAAUUCACUUAUGGUAUUGUUUGUAGUCAAUUGAAAUUAUGUUCCGUAAUUUUGUUUUGUGGAGGGGUUCCUUAGUUACGACGCCGACACAUUCUUUUUUCUGAUAUGUUCUUGCCACUCCUUGCAAAUGAACCUUUUCACUUGUAAUCAGAACAACAAUAAUUUGUUAACAUGUCAAGCAGUUCUGGAUAGUAGAUUCUUUUUCGGGAUGUUUGAGGUCUUGAAGAACACUUCAUAGAUUCAUCAAUGCUUCUCUCUAUUUAAAGUGUAUGAAAAGAGAAGUAAUAUUCACUAUGGGUAUGUAUGCAUACCUUUCUCCAAACACCAAUUAAAUCCUUUUGCCUCCGAAAGCGUGUGCUGGAAUUAGUAUACUUUUGACGGGAUCAGGAUUUGGAUCAUUGGUUUUCUGAUGUUGAUCUUCCCAUACUUCUUUUUCUUAAAUUUCUUUUUUUUUUUAUCUGGGUUUUCCCUUCAUGCAUUGAUUGGAUUGAAAACCAGCAGUGGAUUUCUUAUGAAAUAAUUAACUUCCAAGCACUGAUUUCUGUCUGCCAUUCUUCCAGUUCUUGCUUCCACUUUUACAAUGUCAAGCUUGGAGGAGCCUCUUGCUUUGGACAAGUUUCCAAAUUUGAACAACAUUGACCUUAGUAGAUUUUCCUCCAGUGCUUGCCGUCCUAUACGAGAAGAUUUGGGAAUGGGACAAUGCUGGAUUCAAGGCAGAAAUUGCUUCUCAUCUAAUUCUUGCGAGGAAGAUAUUGAAGUGCACGAUAGAGAACAAUUCAAGUGGCCAAGACAGACUAGAGAUUCCUCACAGGGUGAUAUUCCCCACCGAAGGACUUUAAGUCUAGGAAGAAACCGAAUGCUUAAUGGAACCAUAAGCGCCUCACUGCAUUUGUCGGAUUGCCAAUGCAAUUCCUGCAACUACCCCGGAAUCAUGCCAUAUAAGUUGCUAAGAGAUAUGCCGAAGUAUGUUAAGAUAGUUGAAGUGGGCCCCAGGGAUGGCCUUCAAAAUGAGAACAACAUCGUCCCAACAUCAGUAAAAGUUGAAUUUGUUAGUAAACUGGUUGCUUCAGGAUUGCCUGUGGUUGAAGCAACAAGUUUUGUUUCCCCCAAAUGGGUACCUCAGUUGGCAGAUGCUGCUGAUGUAAUGAAAGGAGUGAAAAGCUUGGAGGGUACCAGGUUACCUGUAUUGACACCUAAUCUGAAAGGAUUUGAAGCUGCAAUAGCAGCUGGGGCUAAAGAAAUAGCUGUAUUUGCAUCAGCUUCUGAGUCCUUUUCAAAGUCCAACAUCAAUUGUAGCAUUGAGGAAAGUCUUGCUCGCUAUCGUGCAGUCACCAGUGCUGCCAAAAAGCUUUCAAUUCCAGUUCGAGGGUACGUGUCUUGUGCGAUUGGGUGCCCGUUUGAGGGAGCCAUUCCCCCUUCGAAAGUUUCAUACGUGGCAAAGGAACUUUACGAGAUGGGCUGCUUUGAAAUCUCUCUUGCUGACACAAUAGGGGUUGGUACUCCAGGAUCCGUUCUUCCAAUGCUUGGAGCUGUAAUGGCAGUUGUUCCAGUGGAGAAGCUUGCUGUCCACUUCCAUGACACCUAUGGGCAGUCUCUUCCGAACAUAUUGGUCUCACUCCAAAUGGGGAUCAGCACGGUGGAUUCCUCUGUUGCUGGUCUUGGUGGGUGCCCAUAUGCUAAGGGGGCUACCGGAAAUGUGGCAACAGAGGAUGUGGUAUACAUGCUCCAUGGCCUCGGUGUAAAAACCAAUGUGGAUGUGGGAAAACUUUUGCUCGCUGGCGAGUUCAUCAGCAAGCAUUUGGGUCGCCAAUCGGGAUCGAAAACAGCAAUUGCCUUGGGCCGGAAAAAAGCCAACUUUUGUUAGAAGAUAUAAACAGUAUAGCAGCCGGUCCGGAUAUUCAUGCUAUAUGGAUGGAAGGUGUGGAAAUAAAUGUUCGUCUUUGCACUUCCAUGUAUCCAGUUGUAUUCUGUUGAACACAGAAGUAAAGAAUGGAACCUGAACCACAUUGUUAUGACAAUUAUUGUUUUAACUUUCAAGAGACCAAGAAAUACAAAUAUUAUUAAUUUGAUUAAUCAUACGAGAAUAAGGAUCGAAUCGCAUUUUUACAUGUCAACCCGGCGACAAUGUAAAUACUAGUUAAGACUUCAGAGGAAAGUCAGUCAACUUUUAAGAUCGCGAUGGUUCAAAUCCUACCCCCAAAUAAUCUUUCAUGAGUGUUUGGUACUCUUUCUGU